AUGGAUGAAACGACUAUUCGAUCUGGUAUAUUAAAUGAAAAGAAGAGGUGGAGAAAUUCUAUUUGAUUAAAUUAUAAUUUCAUUUCUUAUAAAAAAAAGAAUUAUGUCAAUAAUAUUAAAGAGAAACUUGUCAGUAAUAUGUUGAAUUUUUAGAUAAUUAUGGCAUUUUAUGAUUCGAAUUUUUGUGUUGAUAGUUAGUGAUAAAAUUGAGCUGUGUUUACUUUAUUAACCAAGAAUAAUUAAUUAAUAUUAUUGAUCAUUGCAACAAUUUAGGCUUUAUUGAAUAAUUCAAAAAAAUACUUCAAAAGUAAUUUUACUCGGCAUUGUUAAUUAAAAUUAAAUAUAUUUAACCCUAUGUUAUAGGUGUAAUAGUAUAUAUUACAGUCUUAAAUAUAAUUCAAUCUAAUGUUGUAUGUGAUUUAAUCCUGCAAAUAUGCUCCCAAUAUAUUAUUUGUAUAAUUUGCGGGAAAAACGCAAUUAAAUUCCAUAUAAUUAAAUCCUAUAUUAUGAUCUCCAGUAUAUCCAAUAAUACCAGUACUAAAAUCCCAAAAUAAUUACGAUAUAUAUAGUCAACAGUUAAUCACAAUAAUGUCUACGGUGACAAAUAAACGUGGCGAAUCUCUCUGGUUGCAGGCAAAUCACCGUUCUUCCCAAGUUUGGAGGACCAGAGCGGCACGCUGCUAGAGGAUCCAAACGCGGCGAGUCAGCUCGAUGGCGUCGGGGUUGGCGUCGGUGUGGGCGUGGGUGUUGGCGUCGGAGUCGGUGUCGGUGUUGGCGUGGGCGUCGGGGUUGGAGUCGGCGUCGGUAGCGGCAUAACCGGUUCUCAAACGGCACCGCUCUCAUCGCCGAGUCGGAGCAGUCCUCACAGUCAAGGUAGCGAGACUGGAGAACGCUUCUCUAGGAAGGUGUUCGUUGGUGGUCUGCCACCGGACAUCGACGAAGAGGAAAUCAAAGCCAGUUUCCGUCGUUUCGGAUCGUUGGUCGUCGAUUGGCCCCACAAAGCAGAGAGUAAAUCCUACUUUCCACCAAAGGGCUACGCUUUCUUGCUUUUCCAGGACGAAGCGUCCGUGCAACAGCUGAUCGACGCGUGCAUCCAAGACGAGGAGAAGUUAUAUCUGUGCGUGAGUUCGCCAACGACCAAAGACAAGCCGGUGCAAAUUCGACCGUGGCGAUUGAGCGACGCGGAUUUCGUGCUGGACGCAUCGAUGCCGUUGGAUCCGCGGAAGACGGUGUUCGUCGGUGGUGUACCACGGCCGUUGAAAGCCGUCGAACUAGCAAUGAUCAUGGAUCGGCUUUACGGAGGCGUGUGUUACGCCGGUAUCGAUACAGAUCCGGAACUCAAGUAUCCAAAGGGAGCCGGUAGGGUCGCUUUCAGCAAUCAGCAAAGCUACAUAGCUGCCAUAUCGGCCAGAUUCGUUCAGUUGCAACACGGCGACAUAGACAAGAGAGUCGAAGUCAAACCGUACGUUCUGGACGAUCAAAUGUGCGACGAGUGUCAGGGACAGCGUUGCGGGGGCAAAUUCGCGCCAUUCUUCUGCGCGAACGUUACCUGCCUACAGUACUAUUGCGAGCACUGCUGGGCGACGAUUCACUCGCGGCCAGGUCGCGAGUUUCACAAGCCGUUGGUGAAGGAGGGUGCGGAUCGACCUCGAGCCGUGCCGUACCGCUGGUGUUAACCCCAGCUGCGUUGUCCCUAAUUAUCUCGCAACCCUAGCUAAUUAACUACCACU